GUUAAGGAUUAGUGAGGACCUGAUAUUGAGUAUUUCCCAUCAACGGUAGCAGUUCUAUUCGUGUACUCAAUGACUGGUUACAAGAGAGCCAAACUCAGUCAACUAAAUAGAUUGGUCACUUUGAAAAACAAGAUUUCUAUACAAAAGCACAAUAUUUCCGAUGCUGCAUCCAAAUCUAUCAGUGAUAUACACUUUGCGAAGAAGCUGGGAAGCCUACUGGGACAGGCUACAUGCACUUCGUAUCCAGAUCAUCAGAUAAAAUCGAUUCUUUGCUCUGUUGAUGUGAUAAAGAACAACUACCUGCGCAGUGGACGUCUCCGCAAGGAAGCAUUCUUCGUAUUUGCUGCUUGCCUGUUAUUUUAUUGGCGAAACAACAAUCCUGGUAGUAGAAAGUCACUUCAUGGUUUUAAUGUCUUAAUUACCGGCGGAUCAAGCGGAAUCGGUCUAUCUCUGGCUAAGCUGUUUUACGGAGCUGGUGCUAAUGUAACGAUCGUCGCGCGAGACCUGAAGAAACUUGAGUCUGCACGGGAAAUUAUAAAAUGUGGAAAAGAUAGAAAUAACAAUGUCUUUAUUUUGUCAGUUGAUUUGACCUCAGAGUAUAGUGUUUUGAAUGAAAUCUUCAGUAAACAUGUGGCUACUCUUGGAUCUGUUGAUAUUUUAGUGAAUUGUGCUGGCUAUGCUGUUGCGCGCAAGUUUUUGGAUACUCCUACUGAUGAUAUCCAGGGAAUGUUACAUUUGAAUUACUUAUCUGCUGUUCAUGUGACAAGAAUUUUAUUGCCUUACAUGUUAGACCAGAAAUUUCACCAGACUCAUGAACGACGCAUUGCCUUCAUUUGUAGUCUUGCCAGUCAAGUAGGUGUGUAUGGUUAUGCAGCGUACACGGGUAGUAAAUAUGCUUUACGUGGUUUCGCGGAGACAUUGGAAAUGGAGUUGGGACAUAAAGGCCCAUUUGUAACAAUCGCUUUCCCACCCGAUACAGACACUCCGGGAUACAUUCGUGAAAAUGUUGGUAAACCAGUUGUAACUAAGGCGAUAUCUGCUACUGCAGGGCUAGCGUCACCGGAUGAUGUGGCAAAGUCUGUAUAUUUGGAUAUAAUGAAUGGAAAAUUGAUUAGUACAUGUGGAUUAGAAGGAGUAUUUCUUUCUUGGAUAACUGCUGGGAUAUUUCCUCCUGUUGCCGAAUGUUAUCCCUACUAUUUUCCAGUCAUCAGUAAAACUUACUACCCUAAGUGA